AUGUUGGCGGCCCUCUGCCUGCGGUGCCUUGGCGUGAUCCAGAUCGUGCUCGACGUGCUGGUCAGGCUAUUGCUAUCCACGGACGUGACUGGCCGGUUGGUUGCGGACGAAGCGCGGAUUCAUGAUGUCCUGGAAACGGCCCUCGACUGUGCUCCUGGUGCGCCUGAUGGCAUCAUGGAUAGAAUUGUGGCGUUGCGCCCCCAACGUUUUGAGGGCUAUUUGUCAGCAAUCCGCUUCCCCAGCAUACUUCUUGCCAGCUUGCAUGAUUUCAUUGUCCCUCUUACUUCGCAUGAUGACGAGCCUCUGAGAAUCUAUGUGGGGUGCCGCAGCUACCCAUGGCCAGAGGUGUACGAGAGUGUCUGUGUCAUCCACCGGGGCCAUCGCUUUUGCGUGCGGGAGCACCACCAUUACGGCAGCACCAUCAUAGAGCAUGUAGCGCGUAGCCUUCGGCUCGAUGUGAACUUGCUUGUUGCUUGUACUUUCAUGACGCCAGGCUUGGAUGUGCAAGGGUGGUACUGCCCUAGGCUCGUCACGUUUGUUGAUCGGCCUCCUCUUGUUGAUGGUGAGGCGACCCGUGCCCGGCACGACGUCUUUACGUUGUGCGAUCUGCGUCCUCUCGGCUUCAAGCCUGAGUUCAUGCAUACCAACGUGCCGAAGCUCCAUGUGCCAAGCCUAUUGUCGAACUUCCAGAUAGAGCUCCCCUCGACCCAUAGGAUUGGUAUCAUUGGUGGGCAAGUUGAAGGGGACUACGUAGAGGUUCAGGGCUGCUCCACCCUCCUCUUCUACGCCAUCAGCCGAGGUCCUGGUGCUUCUUCUGGCGGUGGCCAUCUUGAGAUGCCCUCCCCUGUCAAUAGCGGGGUGCUUAUGGCAGUUCCAGAGUGGACGCGUCUCAGCCCUCCUCCUGCAACCGAUGAUGAUCUUGAUACAACAAUUCCUGCAGGACACAGUUGGAAUGUUACAGGCGGAGAGAUUGCUUCUCCCUGGUCGGCUGCGCCGCCAGCUGCCUUUGAGCAGGAAUGGGGCACAAACGAUGGUCCUGUUCCAGCUGCUUCCCCUCCCAGUGCAGCCGUCGAGCUUGGCCCACUCCCUGUGGAGCUUUCCUUCAGCCCCAUGACUGAUGUGGUUUCCAGCAGCGCUGGUGCAUUGGGAGACCGCCGUGCCACUGUUGAAUCGCAUGCUAGUGCUGUGGUAAGGGAUGAGGAGCACGGGCCGACUAAGCUCUGUGCAUUUGUGUAUGCCCCAGACUUUGCUCCGGAGAUGCUGCAGGCGUCCGCUUUCUUGCCCUGCAGCGUUGAUACGGCCAUGGCUGCCUUUGCUGCUGCGCGCACAGCUGACGCCGUUGCCAACUUUCCGAACAUGGCCGUGGUGUCUCCUCAGCCCUUCUCUGAUUGUAUCGUUGCGGUCGCUGCACCCGGGUGGCUCGCCUCGAAGGCGAUCGUCCUUUUUGAUUGCCGGGGCAUUAACCGUGCCCUGUUUGCACGUGUGCUUGAUUUUCGGAUCAAUCGGGAAUCCUUGCUUCUUGCAGCGGGCCUUCCAGGAAACAGCGUGAUGGACGUAUACGUACACGGAUUGGUCCAGCCUUUGCAUGCACAGCAAUCCCUUACCCUCGUCAAUGGUAUGUUAACAUCAUUCGUCACGCCUGCUCUCGGGGCUCCGGCGACCUUUGAGAUCGCUGAACAAUUGUCUUCAAGCGAAUGCUGGAGUGCGAAUGCUGAAAUUCCCGGGCCGGGGAGUGUGCCUGAGCAGUUCUUUUGGAUACUCACGGAUGGGCAGCCGACUCGCUUUGAGGUGCAACCAGGUAGGCGCUCCUCUUUCCGAGCUGAUCUCGCUCAGCACUUGUUGACGGAAGAGCGCCGCUUAACACUCAGGCCCUCAGUGCCCAGGAUCAUUGAUGGCUUUCUUGAUGGGUUCCUCACUAGUGGGGUCAUCGUUGCCACUGAGCAUGUGCAAAGGCUUCCGAUGCCUCCCGCUCGUUUCCGCGACCCUCGCCUCAUUAUCUUCGCGAUGCGCGUCAUGUGCUUCAGGGAUUUGUGUGGUUCCUUACGGAACAACCCUUUGUCCCCGUUCGCCGAGUUACUGCGAUGUUCGAGGCAGCUUGCCCCCCGGAGCACCUUGUUGCUGUUACAGGUGCCGAUGUUACUCACCAGGAGGCCGAGGUAG